AUCACCCCCUGGUUCACACACAUACACACACACAAACACACUCACUCACUCAAUCACACAGCCCGUCUCUGUCCUCCUCUGCAUGAUGGACCCUGAAAUCUGGACCUAAUGGAUUAAUGAACACUUCCAGAAGAUCUGGAUUGUUGUUGAUAGAAAGAUAAUUUGAUUGGAGGUUUACAGGAUUCCUGAAGCAGGUUUUUCCACUGGAUAUUCACUUCAGAAUGAGAACUCCUCUGGUUUUAUUAACAUGGCUCUGCCUGUGGGAAGAGUCAAAGGGUAUGCUGAGGACUACAGGUGGACUAAGUGGAGAAACAUGGAGCCAGAUGAGAGCUGAUGGAGUUCCAAUAAUGCUUAGACGCUCCAAACGAGGGUGGAUGUGGAAUCAGUUCUUCCUGUUGGAGGAAUAUACAGGGAAUGAUGAUCAGUACGUUGGCAAGCUGCACUCUGAUAAAGACAGAGAAGAUGGGAAAGUGAAAUAUGUUCUCUCUGGGGAAGGAGCCGGAACCAUUUUCGUCAUCAAUGAGAACUCGGGUGAUCUCCAUGCCACCAGGAGGCUGGACCGUGAGGAGAAAGCGUCAUACACUCUGAGCGCGAAGGCUGUUGAUAAAGCUACAGGUCGAGACCUCGAGGGUCCUUCGACGUUCACCAUCAAAAUCCAUGACAUUAAUGAUAACGAGCCCAAGUUCACCAGAGACCCCUAUGUUGCCUCUGUACAGGAAAUGGCUGAUAUCGGUACCUUCGUUGUCCAGGUAACAGCGACAGAUGCUGAUGAUGCUAUGUACGGAAACAGUGCCAAAGUUGUGUACAGCAUUCUGCAGGGCCAGCCAUACUUCUCCAUAGACCCAGAGACAGGAAUCAUCAGGACGGCACUGCCCAACAUGAAGCGUGAAAACCGUGAACGCUUCCAAGUGGUCAUUCAGGCUAAAGACAUGCAGGGACAGCAAGGUGGUUUGACUGGGACCACCACAGUUAAUAUCACACUGCUCGAUGUUAACAACAACCCACCCCGAUUUACCCAUGGUGUGUACCAUUUCAGUGUUCCUGAGUUAGCUGAGGUGGGGAGUGAAUUAGGCAUGGUCAAGGCUAUAGAUGCUGACACAGGCAAGAACGCUGAGAUGAACUACAGAAUCAUAGAUGAACAGGACACAUUUCAAAUCACCACUGACCCUGCAACCCAAGAGGGAGUGCUUAUUCUAAAGAAGCCCCUGGACUAUGAGAGAAGAGCAUCGUACACACUCAGGCUGCAGGUGGAAAAUGCAUACCUGGACCCUAGAUUUCAGAUGUCUGGGGACUCUGCCACAGUGAAGGUCUCUGUGGAGGAUGUAAACGAGCCACCAGUCUUUAAGCAUCCUAUCUACAUGAUGGAGGUCAAAGAAGACGCUCAGAUUGGAACAAUUAUCGGAGCUGUUAGUGCUGUGGACCCAGACGCUAAUCGUAAACCUGUCAGGUACAUGAUUGACUGGCACACAGAUAUGGAUCACGUGUUCAACAUCCAUCCAAAUAACGGCUCGCUCUUUAUCUCACGCUCUCUCGACAGAGAGGAAAAAGCCUGGCACAAUAUAUCAGUGCAGGCUGCUGAAUACAAUGGUCUGAUUGGUCAUGUACCUGUCUAUAUCAAAGUUCUGGAUGUUAACGAUAACGCACCGACCUUCGACACGGAGUACGAAGCUUUCAUCUGUGAAGAUGCCAAAGUGGGUCAGACAAUCCAAACGGUGAGCGCUUCAGACGCCGACCAGCCAAACAGAGGCCAUCGUUUUUUUUUCCGUUUAGCAUCAGAGUCUUUUGAAAAAUCCAACUUCUCCGUUCGAGACAACAAAGAUAACACGGCUACGAUACUGACUCAGCGGAACGGCUACAGUCGCAUGGAGAGGAAUUUCUAUCUGCUUCCUGUGGUGAUCACAGACGGAGAUUUCCCCGAGCAGAGCAGCACCAAUACGCUAACGAUACAUGUGUGCUCAUGUGAUCGAGAUGGAAACAAGAGGAAAUGCGAGGCAGAGGCAUUUGCGCUUAAUGCGGGACUUAGCACAGGAGCACUAGUCGCAAUUCUUGUCUGUAUCAUCAUUUUGCUGAUGAUUGUCGUCUUAUUCACGGCUUUGAAGAGGCAGCGAGAGAAGCUGGAUCCUCUGAUCGUCUCCAAAGAGGACGUGAGGGACAAUGUCGUGAGCUACGACGACGAAGGCGGUGGUGAAGAAGACACGCAAGCAUUCGACAUCGGCACUUUGCGAAAAGUCGAAUCACUGGACGACACCAAGCAACGCAGAGACAUCGCACCUGAGAUUAUGCGGCGCUCUGCACCAAAAAUCUACAACAAGUCUGAACCUGACAUCCAGGACUUCAUCUCUCAGAGGUUAAGAGAGAAUGAUUCAGAUCCAGCAGCACCUCCGUAUGAUUCACUGGCUACGUACGCGUAUGAGGGAAAUGGUUCGACUGCUGAGAGUCUCAGCUCUCUGGAAUCAGUCAGCAGUGAUGCGUGGAGUGAUUACGAAGUUCUGUAUGAGCUGGGGCCCAGAUUUAAGAGACUCGCAGAAAUGUACGGAGGAGAGGACAGCGACGGAGAAUCGUAACAAAGCAGUAAAGUGGUGUGUGGAUUUGAGCAAUCAGUUUGUUAAAACAAGGCCAGGAUUUUAGAAACAGGCAGAAAUCUUCAGAUAAGGCUUGUGGUAAGGACAAAAUGGAGCUUACUCAGAACGACUGCUGCAGACAAAUCUGCUGUUUUUAUUAAGGCUUUUAAGAAAUGGAUGGAUUUCUUUGACAAUAUAUUCUCUGAGAAAUAACGCUAACUAUAUAACAAACUAUCACAGGAAGAUGUACAUGCUUCCUGUUUGAGUCUGCAGCCAAAAUGUACAGAAAAGAAAGUGACACAACAGUUAACUCCGGUCAGGAAUAAAGGACACAGAAGGCCACAGAUACAGAAACUUCACGAGACUUGGAUGGUGUUAAGUGUGACUGGAGUUUGACCUCUGAUUCGUUUACAACAACAACAAAAUAAUGAAUAUUCAGAUGUAACUGCAAUUGAUUCCCAAUAAAAAUAUCUGUUACU